GACCUUCUGGAAUCAUCUACUCUUUCAAACUUUUCAAGAAAUCCCUCCCCUUUACACUUCAUCGCCUCCUUCAACUUCUCUCUUUCUCUCUCCAUAUAAAUAUCCCUCUAAAACCCUCGUUAUUACUGAUUCAUCUCGAUUCAUCUCGAUUCUUCCCUUUUUCUUUUCAUUUCAUCUUCCUCCAAGAAAACCCCUGUUUUUCUCUUUCUCUCUCCUCAAAAUCCGACAACAAUGGCGAUCCUCUCAGAUUACGUCGAAGAAGACCAUAAACCUCAAGAACAACCACAACAACCACCGCCUACUCCGAAGCCGUUUUCUACAAUUCUCGAUCCUUCGAAUCCGCUAGGGUUUCUUCAAUCCGCCAUUGAUUUCGUUGCGAAAGAGACGGAUUUCUUCUCCGAUGAUUCGUCUGAGAAGGAGGUUGUUAGUUUGGUUAAGAAUGUGAGGGAGAAGCUUAAGGUUGAAGCUGAGAAAAAGAAGGAGGAGGAAGCUGCUGCUGCUGCUGCUGCUGUUGCGUCGUCUUCUGCUUCGGAGAAGAAGGAUGCGUCUUCUAUGGAUGUCGACGAGAAGACAGAGAAAUCUAAGUAUAUAGAACCGAACAAAGGGAAUGGUCAAGAUUUGGAGAACUACUCAUGGGAACAGUCCUUGCCAGAAGUUACUGUAAGCGUACCCGUUCCACCUGGGACAAAGUCAAGGUCCAUCACUUGCGAGAUUAAGAAGAAUCACUUGAAAGUUGGUCUCAAGGGCCAGCCUCCUAUUAUUGAUGGUGAUCUUUAUAAGCCUGUGAAGCCAGAUGACUGUUUUUGGAGCUUGGAGGAUCAAAAGUCUAUCUCAAUUCUCUUGACAAAGCACGACCAAAUGGAUUGGUGGAGAUGUCUGAUUAAAGGUGAGCCUGAAAUUGAUACACAGAAAGUUGAACCUGAAAGCAGCAAGCUCUCUGACUUGGAUCCUGAAACAAGAUCAACUGUGGAGAAAAUGAUGUUUGACCAAAGGCAGAAACAAAUGGGCUUGCCAACAAGUGAUGACAUGCAGAAGCAAGAGCUGUUGAAGAAGUUUAUGGCUGAGCAUCCAGAGAUGGACUUCUCAAAGGCAAAGUUCAACUAGAUGGUGAUGGCGGUGAUGGAAUAUGAUUCAGUUUUUUGGGUUGAUUACUGUAGACAUGAAAUUGGAGAACCAGCAGCUGGAGUUGAAAGAGGUUUUUUUUGUCUGAUGCUGAACUUGUUUAUACUAGUUUCGAUAUGUAGGGUAGAAUCUUCAUAUGAAUUAAGCACAUGAUAACUGUUAUUACUGGGUAUAGAUACGUUCCAGCAAUCUUUGGUUUGCUAACAAAGCUUAAUUGCCUGGCGUGACUCCAGCGCUUGUUUUGUGGCUGUGCAAUCAUUUGUGUGCUGCAAAUUGCUACAUUUGGAAAUAUCAUGACAACUUUUCAUUUACAAACUUA